CUCGGUUAGUGCGCGUCUAUUGUUGUUGCGGCAUUUCUCACGUUCUAUUUCGGUCUCGUCUCCAGCUGCCGCGUCUUUGCCAGUCUCUCCCGCGAGACACUCGUCUUCCAUUUGCCCGUAGCCCGGACGACGUGGAAAUCUCGCCAUGGGUCUCGUGUGCUCGACGGCUCAGCUCGCGUGUUUGUGUGGCAGCACAGCUUGCAGCUUCUGUUGCUCCCAAUGUCCCUCAUGUAGGAACAGUACGAGCACUCGCAUCAUGUAUGCGCUGCUCCUGCUCUUGGGUACCAUUGCCGCCUGUAUUACUCUGACGCCCAAUCUUCAAAAUGCUCUCAAAAAGGUUCCAUUCUGUGCAAACAGCUCUAGUUACGUUCCGUCGGAGAUUUCUCUCGAUUGUGACCAUGCAGUCGGUUAUUUGGCAGUUUACAGAAUAUGUUUUAUUCUCUCCUUGUACUUUUUCUUGAUGUCUGUAAUAAUGAUCAGAGUGAAAAGUUCACGGGAUCCACGGGCGCCCAUACAGAAUGGAUUCUGGGCAAUCAAGUAUCUCUUGAUAAUCGGUGGAAUCAUCGGCGCUUUCUUCAUUCCGGAAAAAUCGUUCGGAUCUACUUGGAUGUAUUUUGGAAUGCUGGGAGGUUUUCUCUUUAUAAUCAUUCAGUUGAUUCUGAUCGUUGAUUUCGCCCAUUCCUGGGCUGACGCGUGGGUAGGAAAUUAUGAGACCACCGAGUCAAAAGGAUGGUAUGCAGCAUUGCUGGGUGCAUCUUUCUUCAAUUAUGCUGUUUCUCUUACCGGGGUGGUACUACUAUAUAUCUAUUAUACGCAUCAAAGUACGUGUGCUUUGAAUAAAUUUUUCAUUUCGUUCAAUUUGAUUUUGUGCGUUAUUACCAGUAUUGUAUCAAUUUUGCCAACUGUACAAGAAUAUCAACCACGAUCCGGACUUCUUCAAUCCUCUGUGGUAACAUUGUACGUGGUGUACCUAACGUGGAGCGGUAUAUCAAAUAGCCCAGAUCACGAAUGCAAUCCUGGCUUUAUUCCUGGCUUAUCGAGCGCACAAAAUCGCGUUACAUUCGAUAAGGAGAGCAUUAUUGGACUCAUAAUAUGGUUUAGCUGCGUUUUAUGGAGUUCCUUACGUACGGCGUCCAAAUCAUCGAAGAUUACAAUGUCCGAGAAUGUAUUAGUUCAGGAUAAUGGAGCUGUUAAGAAUGCAGGAGAGCAGUCUCUUAUCGGCAAUGAAGAUUAUACUCCAGUAGAAGGACGCAAUGCCGAUGCGGAGGAUGGAAAUGAGGCCAAGGUUUGGGACAAUGAGGAAGAAAAAGUGGCGUACAACUGGAGUUUCUUCCACCUUAUGUUUGCUCUUGCCACUUUGUAUGUUAUGAUGACACUUACAAAUUGGUACAAACCGAACUCCAGUCUGGAUACAUUAAAUGCAAACGCCGCUUCGAUGUGGGUGAAAAUUAUUUCUUCGUGGAUGUGUUUGGGUCUUUAUGUGUGGUCACUAGUAGCGCCUGCUAUUUUCCCGAAUAGAGAAUUCGCUUAAACUUCUGGAUUUAUUGUAAGCCAGAAAUCCAGGAGUUUGUGAAACAGACAUUUCUCUGCUUAUGAUCUAACAUUGAAAUGCUAAUUACGAUUACAUUUAACCCAAAUAAUGCAAUAUGAAAUAUUGCGCAUUAAAAUAUACUGAUAUAUUCUUAAGAAGUAGAUGUUCUAUAUGAAAAUUUAGUUUCUCAGCAAUUACAUAUUUAACAUAGAUAGAUGUGCAGAAUGGACUGCAUGUAAUAUUUAGUUACUAAACAUGUAUUAAUUUUUAUUAAUUUUUAUAUUAUACGCAAGAUAAUUUAACUGACGAUUCAAGGAUGUGCGUGCUUUAUUCCAAGAGACUAACUGUUAUAUUAUUGUAUGCUUUGUAUAUUUUAAGAAUCAGUUCUAUUAAUGCCAUAAAUAUAAUUAGAUGUGUAAAAUUACGGUAUAUAAAAAAUAUGAUAGGAAAAUUAUUACAUAUUUAUAUAUCUCUAAUAUAAAAUUUAUGAUUAUUUAAAAAAUUAUUUCAGCAUCUAUUCGAUUUUUGUACUAUGCAAUAAUCAAUUGCAUGUACUCAAAUAUUGCUGUACCACUGAUGCAUUUAUAACUAGUUUAUAAUUGAUAAUUAACGCAUAAGUAUGCGUUAUUGCAAUAUACGUAUUAAUUGCAUAUAUCUAUAUAUAUUCCUAUCAAACAUAUGAUCGUAUUCUUGUAAUGUGGGAUAAUUAAAUGCAUUUGAUAGUGUUGCUUAUUAAAAAUAAUAGUGUUUAGAAAUUACUUUGUUUAGAGGAUGAUUACAAGAAUUGUAAUUUAUUUUUUUUAAUAAUAUAUUUAUUUUGUUUUUCAUUUAUCGUUUCUUUCAGUUAUCGUUUUAUGCUUUUAUUUUCAGCUAAAACAACCUCAGUUUAGAGCUUUCUUGUAAUAUCAUCCGCCUAUUGUAAAACGUACGUAACUACUACCACUAUAAAAGAAGUUAAUGAGAACUGAUUUUGCGCGAAUGAAUAGUGUUAAGAGUGUAAGAUUAGACAAUUGCCGUAUGUGAUAAUUUUUUGCAAUUCUAUAUUACAUAAAAAGUUAUUCUUUGAAAUAAUUUAUCUUGUAAAGCAUAAUUAUAAGUCUACUGAAAAAUUGUCUUUUUGUUAACAUUUACGAAAUAUUUUCUCUGCUCUUUUAUCUAUUUAAAUAAAUAGAGGAGAAAUAUAUAUAUAAACGUAUUCCACUUUGGAUAUAGCUAUGUAAAUACAUUUAAAUUGUCAUAGUUAUUGUGAGCUACUAUAAGGCAGCUUUGUAAAUCAUUAAUUUUAAUCUUAUAAAUGCAUUUUAUAUACGAGGAAAAAAUGUUGUAACAAUUAUAUGAUUAUAGAGCGAGAUUAAAACUUUUUUCAGUGGCAUUCAGAACAAUAGCUUUUAAUUUUAGGUUUUUCCUGUAUAUGUAUUCCUCUAUAUGUAUUUAUGUAUAUUAUUGUGAUAAAUAAAUUUAAACAUUUAUCUUACUCAUUUCACGAUAUUCUACGCGAGAACGAGUAUCGUAUUCAAGAAAAAUUAUGUGUAAACUAUAUUUCUUGAUCGAUGUAUGUAAUUAUAUAAAAAUAAAGAACAAGACAAGAAAA